CGGGAAACUAGGAAGAAACCUAGAGAGGAACCAGUUCGAGUGGAAACGGUCGAUGUGAAGUGCCAUUCAGACUACAUGGACAUAGUUGUUAAGGCUGAUCUGUUUAAACUCGGUAUUCUUAUUGACAUGGAUGACCUGCGACUUGGAGUUGAACAAGACAAAGAGACCUGCAGGGCUUCAGCAGCCGGAGAUGAGUACAGAAUAUUGGCAGCGCUAUCGGACUGUGGAACCAAGCGUUUGAUGAACAAAGACUCCAUGAUCUAUACAAACCACCUCAGAUAUACACCCAGAGCCACACCAGAUGGGGUUAUUCGAAUGGAUGGUGCUGUAAUCCCAAUUGCUUGUCAUUAUGAAAGGAAGUACAGUUCAGAGAGUGGCCCCCUCCAGCCGACCUGGAUCCCCUUCAGCGCCACAGUGUCUGCUGAAGACACCCUGCAGUUCUCCUUGAAGUUUAUGACAAGUGACUGGCUCUAUGAGCGGGGUUCUGGAGUCUACUUCCUGGGUGAUCCCAUCAACAUUGAGGUGUCUGUCAGGGUUGCUCACCACUCCAGGCUCAGGGUCUUUGUUAGCAGCUGCGUGGCCACACUGGACCCUGAUAGCAACUCUGUCCCCAGAUACGUCUUCAUUGAGCAUGAUGGGUGCUUGGUGGAUUCCCAGCUGCCUGGCUCCAACUCUGGGUUCAUGCAUAGAACCCAGGAUGACAAGCUCCAGUUCCACAUUGAUGCCUUUAGGUUCUAUCAGGAGGACAGGGCAGAGCUGUACAUCACAUGCCACCUUAUGGCAGUCCCUGUCAUGGACCAUGCAGAGCCUAGCAACAAGGCAUGCUCCUUCAUUGAUGGCAGAUGGAGGUCUGCCGACUCGAAUGAUUUGCAAUGUGGCCGUUGUCCAAGCCUGAAUGGCCAGAAGGGGGUUGAUCACGAUCCAGCACGACAUCCCCUCAGUCCAAGACAAGGCGGUAGCCAACCUGAACCUCGUGGCUACCGCAUCAAACCUCAAGCCACUGGUGACCAUUGGAGUGGGAUGAAGUCCAAGAAAGGAUGCCUUGACCAUGAGGCGCUGGUCAAAGAUCUGGAGCCCAACCCAGACUCUGAGUUGAAUCCUACACCUGAGCCCAUUGGAGACCUUGGAUAUGACAAGGAUCUCUAUACAAUUGGAACUCAUUGA